AUGGAUCCGGUGCUUGUGGAGUCUGCCCUUCAUGGCACUCCAGGCCAUGUUGUUCUCCCUCUUUCUAGCCGUGUCGUUGAUCACUCUUCCAUCGAUAUGGCUGCAAAGAUCAUUGAGGUUAUCUACCGAUACCAGAGAGCAGGCAGCGGCAUAGAAGGCAUGCAGUCGGACAUCGGCCUUCUUACCGGCCUGACACAGGUCUACAGCCAUGUCAAAGCCAACAAACCCGUCCAGAUGGCACUGCCUGCCUUUCCCUUCAAAUCUCCCAACCGCAACACCAAGGUUCUGGGUCGUCUUCCAGAUAAGGCAGAGGAAUUUGCCCUGGCCCAUUUGAACGGUCUUUGUGCUGCUAUUCACGACGUUUACAAGCCUGGGGCGGAGCUUACCAUUAUUUCGGAUGGCAUUGUGUAUAAUGAUUUGCUCAGUGUUCCAGAUUGUGAUGUCUGGUUAUAUGGAGAAAGUCUCCGAGAACUUGCGAAAGCCAAGGGGUUCAGUUAUAUCAAGUUCACUCGGCUUACUAGCCUAGUUCCUUUGGCUAUUCCCGAAGACUUAGACGAGGUCUCAUAUGUCGCCAAUGCAACCAACUUCCGUGUUGCACUCAUGAACAAUUUCAGUCGUAAAGACUGGGAUGGUAGCAACAAGCUAGUUGAAGAUGAGGAUGUGAACAUGACAUAUCGCGGAUAUCUCGAAUUCCUUCCUGCCGAUCUUACUGAAUCAUAUCCCGUCUCAAACGGCUUCUCUAAAUCUAGAUUUGAGAAGGGCACUGAAAGUAUCGCCAAACAGAUGCUUAUUCGUGGGCAAGCAUUUUCCCGCGCAAUCCGUGAGAAGUUCGCUAACCAUGUGCGUCUAUCUAUUCAUACGUCUACCGGGCAAAACAAGGUUUCGAUCAGCAUUCUGCCUACGGAUACCGGCUAUACAACACCGUGGCAUUGCACUCUUGCAAUCAGGCUCGAUGGCACUGUAACUAGCGGCCUUGCUCAAACCUUCCGAGAUGAUCCUGCCUGGGAGUUGGUCUACGAGGACGGCAGGCCUUCAUACUUCAGAGAGACGAGUGACCUUUACACUUGGAGGUCAGGCCCCAUCAAUGUCGCUCCUCUGUACCCUUGUGGUGUCAUGAUCACGCCUAGCGACGGACCCGGAAAACUCACCAUGAAGGAAAUUGACUCUCGGAAAGUCCGGGCCCUCUCUGAGCUGAAUUCUCCGGUGAUAUUACGUGGUUUUGCAGGUACCGGUGACCGUGAAAGAUUUAUUGAGAAAGCUGCAACUUUUGGCACUCCAAUGCCUUGGAAAUUCGGAAUAUUGCUUGAGGUGAAAGAUCGCGGAGCCGACACUCGGGGCCUUAACAACGUUUUAUCAGCUGAAUGGAUGCCAUUCCAUUUUGAUGGCCUUUUCAAGACGAAAGAUGAAAUAAAAGAGGAUGGCACAAUCCACAAGGUGUCCAACCCGCCCCGAUUUCAGCUCUUCACGGCUGUUACGCCAUCGCCCUCCGAUACUGGAUUCACUCUCUUUUCAACAUCAACCUUUGUCUUUAAACAUCUACCCGACUAUCUUCCCCUCGAAACUCUGAGAAAGCUAACUUGGUCAGUCUCAACGUCCUCUUUUGACAGUACCAAGUUACACGGCCUACCUCUCGUCAUCAAUCACCCUACGACUGGCAAACCUUGCCUACGAUACCACGAACCGUGGCCAGAGGGCAAAACGAGUUUUGAAGCCACUCUGAUCUCUAUUGAUGGGUUGACUCCCGAGGUGUCGGAUGCCGUUUGCAGUCAACUAGAUAGUCUACUUCAUGACCGGCGCAUUGUGUACUACCACUCGUGGCAGAGGGGUGACGUGCUGGUCAGCGACAAUGUGUUGACUAUGCACACCCGUAGUGACUUUCAAGGAGGCGCCGACAGAGAGUUGUGGAGAAUCCAUUUUGAUUGA